GAUGGUCUCCACCCGCUCCAGCAGCAAGACAUGGUCUUCUCAGCCACAAUUCCACAUGAAACGAUGUCCACCUUAAUAGAACGCAUUGUGGUAUCAUCAAUGUGUUCUUCAGGUGUCAUCAUUAACACCUUCAGCGACCUCGAAGAUGCUGAGCUACAAAAGAUCAUUGAUGGCAUGGGCGUUCCGGUGUAUGCGAUCGGUCCGCUUCACAAGAUAUCUUUAGGUGCCCAGAGCAGCCUGUUGGCUCAAGAUAGAACAUGUUUGGAUUGGUUGGACAAGCAAGAAGUAGGAUCUGUUCUGUUCGUGAGCUUCGGGAGCUUGGCAUCCAUGGAUCAGGAAGAGCUAGUGGAGACUGCAUGGGGCUUGGCCAACAGUCGCAUGCCAUUUCUUUGGGUGAUCCGGCCUGACUCGGUUCAGGGUUCAGGGAAGAUAGGCCUACCCGACGGCUUUGAGGAAGAGGCACGAGAUAGGGGAAUGGUGGUGAGCUGGGCCCCACAACAAGAAGUUCUUGGGCACCAGGCGAUUGGUGGAUUUUGGACCCAUAAUGGCUGGAACUCAACGUUGGAGAGCAUAAGUGAGGGUGUUCCAAUGAUAUGUAGACCACAUUUCGGCGACCAAAUGAUAAAUGCCAGGUAUGUCCAGGAGGUGUGGAAGAUAGGGUUUCGGUUAGAGGGCAAGAUGGACAGGGACAAUAUUCAGAGGAGUGUUAAAAAGUUGUUUUGCCACGACGAAGGUGGAGAGAUGAGGCGAAGGGCAAAUAAUCUCAAAGACAAA